CAGGGGAAUAAAAUUUUUUUUUUUUUUAUUAUUAAAAUUUUUUUUUGUGUGUGCACAGCAGGGGAUCCACCCCCAAUCCGCAAAUCCUAUUAACUCACACACACAAGCGCGCACACACACACACAAGCACACAGAUAUCCCUCCGCCGGUGUCGCCGAGCCUCCGGCGACUACUGCCCUCCGUCAAACGUGGUGCCCCUCCUCAUCUCCCUCUCUGUCUUAGACACAUCAUUCUCUCUACACACCCACGCACGUUUUCGUCUCUAUGUGCAGCGGCUGUCCAGCCGAUUCCGACGCCACCUUCGCCGGCUUCUGGAAACUCCAGGCCACACUCUAGACUUGUCUCCUCUUUGUGUAAUCUUGCCGUGAGGGGUAACACGAGCAAGGAGAAGGGCAGGAAUAAAGGGAUUUCAGUGUCAGCCUUUUUGACCAGUUGACCUUGAGAUUAAUUGCAUGUUUUAGUUGUUGAAAAUGAACAAAGGAGGAGGGGGGAUGGUAGGUGGAGCUGGCGGCGUUGCUGGGCCGACUGCUGCUGCCGCAGCUGCAGCGGCGCAGAAGCAGAAAACCCUUUUGCAAAGGGUAGAUACAGAUGUUGGAGGUCUCAUCGAUAAUUUUGGAUUCCUGGUUAAUGUAGCUCGGGUCAAUGAUCCACCAGUGCGAAACUCCCAAGAAUCUUUCAUGAUGGAGAUGCGCGCUGCCAGAAUGGUUCAAGCUGCUGAUUCUCUGCUGAAGCUGGUGUCCGAGCUGAAACAGACAGCAGUUUUCUCCGGGUUUGCGUCUCUUAACGAUCACGUAGACCAAAGAACUGAUGAGUUCAAUAAGCUGACGGAAGAUACAAAUAGCAUAUUGACUAGAAUUGGAGAAGAGACAGCUGCUAGCCUGAAGGAGCUCGAGCACCAUUACUAUUCUUCCACGAUUAGGACGCCUCAACCUUGAAACAAGUACGCGAAUUGUCAGUUGUAUGAGAAUUUGGCUGUAGCAUUUUUAUUGAUUCGUAGCAUUAAUUUUGGUGCAAGUGCAAGGGCUUAAUUUUUAUGCAUGUGAAGAUGCAGUGAUAUGAUAUUUGUCUAUAACCUUUACAUGUGCGAUUUUCAUACUCAUAUAUUCAAGCAUAUAUUAUUAAUUGUCUGAA